UCAGAGAGGUUGCCCGCCCAACUUCGAAAGAUCAUCCUUACUUUUCUGCUUCUUCAUUAGGAUGACGUGUACUGUGCACUUUCAUGUUGAGACGACAGCAUUAGCUGAGGACAAGAUAGUAUGCCUGACGGGUGAUGCAUCAGAGCUCGGGCAAUGGUCAGUCUCUCAGGUCAUCCGUAUGUCCAGUCAUGAUGGAGCAGUCAAGCAGGGCAGUUGGUCCAUUGUGGUGAGCUUGCCGAGAGACAGAGAAGUAAAGUAUCGCUAUGCCAUCUGUAGUUUCCAUGGUAACUCGGAUGCAGUCAGAGUACUUCAAUGGGAGUCGGCCAGAAUCCCACGCACGCUGCUUACACAAGGUGAAAAAAUUACAGUUAAUGGUGGCGAUUUUGGGACCAUUGAUGGAGUAAGUAAGAUUGAGCGAGGCUGGCUAACAACCCAUUCAGAAUAUCGCCUGAUGGUUGACUCCGAUUCCUUCACUCCUGCAGCUGGGUGUGGUGUGUCUGCAUACAGUAUUCAUAUCUCAGCCUCAUCCCAGGAUGACACUGGGUCUAGGCAACAGACAGGGGCUGGAAAGGAGUCUCCUUCAAAGAGAAUGAAGACAUGUUGUAAAACAGAACCAGUGCUAAUCAGAGUUUUGAACUCUGAGGAGCACCAGCCACAUGAACAACGGCCUGGAGGUCGACUAAUCAACUCUGAUGAUUAUUUUAUCUACUCCGUACAAAGCAUGAAACCAGGAUCAGUAGUGUUCACAAUUGAUCUCUAUUCAUGUGACAAUGAGUCAAACGGUCCAACUUUAUACGGAAAGAGUUGGCUUCUGGGAAGUAACGUCAAGAGUGAUGCAACGGAAGAGCAAGUUCUGCCUGUUCUCCUUGGUGCAAAGAUUGUAGGAGUGCUCUCAGUGCGUUCCAUAGUAAUUCACCCUCUGUCCCCAUCAUCCCUGUGCAACAUGGAGGUGUCUUACUCUACCCACUGGAAAUGGAACAGAGCCACCUUGGACGGAAGUCAUCGUGGUUUUGGAAGGUCACACCGAGACAGCUCACUUCUUCAAGAUAUUCCUGUUUAUUCUCAUGUUCCAGAGAACACUAUUAGGGCUUUCCAGAAGGGUGCACUCCACGGUGCUGAUUUUGUAGAGUUUGACGUCAACGUAACCAAGGAUCAUGUUCCGAUUGUCUAUCAUGACUGUGAAGCUAAACUGACCACAAAAGAUACAUCAAAAGACAGUUCAGCACCACUUAAGUUGCCAUUUUGGGCGAUGACACUGGAUCAACUCAGGUCACUUCGGAAAGGUUAUCCGUUUGUGGUUGAUGAGGUGUCACCCUAUCAUUCCAAACAGGGCAAGUCUCGUAGUUUGAGUGAAGCUGAUUGGCCAGAAGAGAUAAGACCAUUCCCAGAAUUGCAACAGGUGCUCCAUGCAUUACCAAUCCACUGUGGAGCCAAUAUUGAAGUCAAGUACCCAAUGACUAUGGAGGAUGAGGCCAAAGAAAGUGAUUUCCCACCUCCAGAUAGAAAUACAAUUGUUGAUGCUAUUCUUAAGAUUGUGCUGAGGCACGGUGGGGCCAGAAGGAUUGUAUUCUCAGCAUUUGAUCCUGAAAUUUGCACUAUGUUACGUCUGAAGCAGAACAAGUACCCAGUGCAUUAUCUGAACUAUGGCAGGACGGACAAAUACUUGUGCUACAAAGACCCUCGGAGUAACACUGUGACCAACGCAAUGUGGUUUGCUCUGUCUGAAGAGAUGGCUGGGUUGGUGUGUCAUAAUGACGAUGUCAUCCGAGAGCCUUCAAUACUCAAAGCAGCAAAUGAUAAGGGUCUGGUGGUGUUUGUUUGGGGUGAAGACAACAACAGGCCAGACCUUGUGAAGUCACUGAAAGACAUGGGUGUACAAGGCAUUAUACAUGACAGGGUAAGCUUGAAUCCUGAAAACAGCCCAAACAUCUAUCUCCAAGAAAAGGGUGCUCCAAGAAAUUAACUGUUGCAUAAUAACAGUCGAAGAAACAAAACAACAUUAAAGGCACUGGACACUUCGUGCUUAGCAGCUCUAUGAAAUUGGGCCCUGAUGUGAUGUGGUUAAGUUUCUCUCUCGUACUACAGUUUUUUUCAGCAGGGAUAUAUUUAUUGAGUUUUAAUGUUUUAAUUUUUGAGGAAUGCUUUGUAUUUAUUGGAUUUGGGUUUGUGUUUUGUAAUUUUCACUUUUAAUGAUGCCAAAUACUGUUAUAAGUUGUUUAAAUAACCCUUUUUAAAAACAGGGUUAUUGUAACAGGCUUACUGAACGCAUAAUACGCGCUAAUAAUUUGUGUACAAUGUGUAAUAUUAAAUCCUGAACCACAAUAGAAAAUGGUUUGGUCUAUUUUAAAAUAAUUUUUCGCAGAAUAAAAUUAACUAGAGCGGGAACUUGAACCUGCGACCUCCAGAUUAUAAAGUACUGGUUCUCUUCCAAAUGAGGUAUCUAGCCAUGUUGACAAACUAGAGAGACUGCCAAUGUAGGUCUUAUCAAGCCCGGUUCAUACUUUCUGCAAAUACGAUUGCGAUACGAAUGUUGACGUCAGAAAUU